AUGCCAUCCCCUUUGUUGGCCGCAUACAAGAGAUGUGCAGACAAUGAGAGACUGUGUUUCGGUAUUAAGGGAGAGGAAGAUUGCAUCGACACCAACGACUGCACCGUUUUAUACAGUAGUUUCGCGAAUAGCGAGUCAACGGGAGUGUUGGGAACCGUUGAGUUCGAGUUGUACUGGAAUCGGGACACCACUUCCGGUGACCGGUAUGUGGCUCUCGCGCUGUCCAAUGAUAACAAGAUGGGUUCAGACACUGUCACGGAAUGCAUACUCGAUGCGAGCGGAACUCCACGACUGGCCUAUGGAUGGACUGACGGACACGACGGCACCGAAAAUAUAGACACCGACACCAGUAUUAAAGAGUUGGGCCAUUCAUUUAACGACGGCAUUGUCUACUGUAGAUGGAGUCGAGUGCCUGUGUUUACCAUCAAAAAGAGUGAAUUUGAUUUACUAAACAGUUCAUACCAUUUAUUGCUGGCUUAUGGACCACUUAAACCAGACGGAAAAAACAUUGAUUUCCACACACAGAAGAAGGCUUCCUCUACUUCUGUAAACCUUCAGAAGAAUGACGGAAAAAACAUUGAUUUCCACACACAGAAGAAGGCUUCCUCUACUUCUGUAAACCUUCAGAAGAAUGGUAUUCUUAAAGGAGAACCCAUUGAUAUACUCAUUAAACUUCAUGGUUUAUUUAUGAUAAUCGGAUGGUUGGGAUGCGUGAGUAUUGCUAUUCUAAUCGCUCGUCACUACAAGAACUCAUGGCCUGACUCUACUCUAUGCGGAGUUAAGCUGUGGUUUGCG